GAAAAAACAAACGAGAGGAGCGAUGGGACCCAAGAAGAAAGGGAAGAAAGGCAAGAAGGGCAAGAAAGAGGAAGAAUUGCCGCCAGAGGAGCCCUCAGAGUAUGACACGAUGGACGUGCCGAUGCUGAAGGAGGUGAUCCAGAUGCUGAGACAGCAACUGGAGAAGGCACAAGUGGAUCGCAACUACGUACAACACGAACGGGACAUGAUCGAGUCUUUCUACGAGAUCACCAAGCAGGAGAUCCAGGACCACGAGAACCAAAUCAUGGCCAAAGACCGCGAGAUGGAGAUCAUGGAAGACAACCAUCGCGUCGAAGUGCGUGUGUACGUACAGAAAGUGAAGCACUUGGACUACGAACACAAGAACAAUCUCAAGCGCGUCCAGACGGACGGCACGGGUCACAUGGACGAGGAGCAGGAUCUGCACGAGCACCGAGAGACCGUGUUACGCAGCACCAAGCAGUCGCUCAAGCUCGAGCUCAAAGAGCGAGAUUUGUCCAAUGAGGACGAGACGGAGCAGAUGAAACAAGCGCACGAGAAGAACCUCAUGAAGCUGCGCGAACAGUUCGAGAAGAACAACGCGGCGCUGGAAAGUCGCUGUCAACUGCGUCUCCGAGACCUCCAAGAGUCGCUCGAACUGCGACGUAAAGUCGACAUCCACGAGAUCGAAGAGCGUAAGAACUUGCACAUCAACGACCUGAUGAAAAACCACGAAAAGGCCUUUACACAGAUCAAAAACUAUUAUAACGACAUCACCAAAGACAACUUGCGUCUCAUUGACUCGCUUAAGAACGAGAUCGCUGCGAUGAAGAAGAAAGCGGCGGCGAACACGAAGCUCAUGCACGACGUGUCGCAAGAGAACAAGCGGCUGUCGGAGCCUUUAGCGGCUGCGAUUCAAGAGGUAGAACACUUACGCCAUGAGCUUAAAGACGAGCAGAAGGACAAGCUGUCGCUACGUAACGCUAAGGCCAGACUACUGUAUCUAGCUCAACAAGUAAACGACCUUAAGCAACGUCAAGCGGAGCUCACGAUGAGCUACAGAACGAUGGAGUCGGACCGCAACGCACUGUACGACACGUUCGAACACACGGUGCAGACUAUUCACAAGAAGGGCGAGUGCAAGAACCUCAUCUUGGAGCAGCGGUUGGCUUCAAUGGACGAUCAACACGCACGAAAAGGCGCCCAGCUGCAGGAGAUUCUACUGGCGGCAAACCUCGACCCAGUGCAGGCGCGCAGAGUGACGGAGACGCUGGGCACGCUGCUGGACUCGAAGAACUCCAAGAUUCGCACACUCCAGUACAGUGUCGCCAAGGAGAGCAAGGCUUUUAAUGACAGUUUACGUACCUUCACACAGAAGUUGACCCAGUUUGGCAUCCCAGAGGAGGAGAUCCGAGCUCUCGGAUUCAAAUCACUGGCCUCCAAUACCAACGUGAACCCAGCCGGACUGGUAGCAACGGAGUAAUCUUUGCUUAUUGAUGAAUGGAUGCAGCUAUUU